GAACAUCUCCACCAUCCCCUUUGAAUGUUAUAAUUUUUCAAUUUACAUUCAGUUUUGCAUCAUAUAUGACUAGCUUACAUACCAUCUAUUUUACAUAUUUCUUAGGAGCAUUCAUUGUACAGUGUACACUGUGCACGAGUAAUAUAUUGAUCUUGCAGAUGAGUUAAAAAGUGCAGAAUGGGGCGCGUAUUUCUAGAACACUGUGGAGGUUCUAGAUUGUUCUCAUGUAAUAACUGUGAUACUGUUCUAACAAACAGAGGGGAACUUAUUUCUACUCGGUUUACUGGAGCUACGGGUCGGGCCUACUUGUUUGGUAAAGUUGUUAACCUAAAAUACAGUGAAGUGCAGGAUCGGGUUAUGUUAACAGGGAGGCAUAUGGUUCGAGAUGUUUUCUGUAAGAACUGUGACGCUAAGCUUGGUUGGAUGUAUGAGUUUGCUACAGAGGAUAAUCAACGGUAUAAGGAGGGCCGUGUGAUUCUAGAAAGAGCUUUAGUUAACGAAACUGACGGAAUUGACGAGCAUUUAGUUCUUGACUAGUUCUUAUUUGUUGAUUAUGAUAAAGGCAAGAAUUGUAAAAUUUUUGCCUUGUCAAUUUUAUUCGAUGUAAAAUUUUGUCGUAACUGUAAAUGUCUCUACCUAAUUCCAAUAAAUAAAUGUACAAAAAUAUA